GGUUGGAAGUUUCAUAAUGAGGCCCGGAGUUUUGAAAGAAGGGCUUAUGAAUUCACUUUUCUUGCAGAUCGACUCUGAACCUUAAAUAUCGCUAUCUCUAUCUCUAUGACUGAAAUCGUGCCGUGAGAAACAUCAGGUGAACUGUUACAAUUCCAUUGCUGCCGAUGUUUACACCCGUACAUACCUCCCUGGGCGCUCUAUUGCUCUUUCAGAGUUCCUCGGGUCUGCUGCUUCAUAAUGGCGCGGUGUUUGGGAUCUCUUCACUUCUGUCUGGAUCGGUGUUCCGUCCCAGCUGGGAUAACAUUCCCAUCGUUGCUGGGUUAUUGUCUAGUGUGAUCCCGGUCUCUCUCUUCGUGCCGUCCUUGAUACCGCUGUAUCCGCCGGCCCCGAGCUCGUGGACCUCGGUGGCCACUACGCUUGCGACAGGUUUUUUGUUAGGCUGGGGGACAAGGAACGGUCGAGGUUGUACGUCCGGCCACAUGCUCUGUGGUAUCUCCCGUCUGUCACCACGUUCCUUCAUCGCAACGGCCAUCUUCUUCACAGCCGCCUUAAUCACCGCGAAUAUGGUCUCCGGAGGCCAGAAUAUCCCUCCUUGUCCAUCUGGGGUGCCUUGCUACACUCCCGUAUACCCUUCAUCGGCCGAGCUCAUGUUCAUGGUCACGACCACCGCCCUCACAUUCGUCACCAACUUCUUCGUCGUACCCCGGACACUGGACAGAUCGAAGGAGUCAAAAACCAUGUUCGCUUAUAUUGCAGGGUUGCAGUUCGGCAUGGGCCUCUUCUUCUCCGGAAUGGCAAACCCAGCCAAAGUAUUACGCUUUUUCGCCUUCCCGUCGGAUCUAGCCCGCUUUGAUCCGUCGCUGGCCCUCAUCAUCCUCUUCGGGAUUGGACCAUCGCUUGUCGCCUUUCUGACCACGAAGCCGGGGCAGAAUAUUAGUGAAACGACCGGAAGGCUAGAAAAGCCAACGUUGGCCGAGAACUGGAAGCUUCCGACGGCAACGGUGGCGGAUAUUGACUGGCGGUUUGUCACCGGUGCAGCGGCCUUUGGGGUUGCCUGGGGAUUACGAGGAGUGUGUCCUGGUCCUGCGGUGCUCCGCGCGGUCCUGCAGCCUGAAAGGGGUCUGGUCGAGUUGGCCGGAUACAUGCUAGGAAACCUGGUAUAGACGUUCGGGCAGCUAUCCCACUCGAUGCGGAUCUCUACGGAUUUCGCUGGUGGCGUUUACCCACAUACUGGAUGCAUUGGAUAUCGGGCAGGGAAGUUGCCGUGGGAAAACCGUUAACAAGA